GCAUUUAAUGACCGCGGAGGGAGGCUGGGCGUCGGUCUCAAUUCACUGCAACACCUGGUUUAUUCCAUCCCUGCAAUACAGCUAACGCUACGCCUUUCCCCGAAAACAGGUCCUCGCGUUGCUUUUCACGUCUGCGAUGAUGACACCGAUGGGCAUCACCGUGACUAUGGCGGACGACACGGAGGAUGUUCAGCUGGACUUUGCUGCCGACGAGCAGGAGAGUGCGCGGAGAAGCGCGGUCAUAAGACACCCACUCGUCUCCUUUUUUCACCUGUUCUUCCGGGUGGUCGCCAUUGUUGCCUAUUUACUCUGCGACUGGAUCAGCGAGAGCUUUUCCUCAUGUUUUGUGCUGAUCCUCACUCUGCUCUCUUUCGAUUUCUGGUCCGUCAAGAAUGUGACUGGCAGGCUGCUGGUCGGCCUGCGUUGGUGGAAUCAGAUUGACGAAGACGGAAAGAGCCUCUGGGUGUUUGAGGCCAAAAAAGCCUCAUUGGGCAAGGACAUCGGGACAGAGGCAGAGGCGAGGAUUUUUUGGCUGGGUCUCAUCAUCUGCCCUCUCAUAUGGACAUUGUUCUUCUUCAUCUCCCUUUUCUCCCUGAAGAUUAAAUGGCUGUCCCUUGUGGUUGCGAGUAUUUCCCUCCAAGUGGCUAAUCUCUAUGGUUACCUACGCUGCAAGGCAGUAGGAGAGGACGGCCAGCCGGCAGACAUCCGCUCCUUCUCAGGGCAGCACCUCCUGCAGCGUCCAGACAUCAUCUUUGGAAUACUAUGAAGAUGACCUCCUCGUUUACAGCCACUAGGCUGCUGUGAGUCUGAAAGAGAGAGCGAGAGAGAGAGAAAUAAAAAAGCAGAACGAUGAGAGCUGCCUGAUCUCCAAAGUUCCCACAAACUGCAUUUACUUAAAUGGCUGCAUGCCUGGUGCAUAUAGCACAUGCUGCUGACUUCACUUCACAUGUUGCCCAUGAAUCAGUCUGCCUACAAUGUCAAUAAAGAAACGAGCGCAUUUGUA